AUGGAAGGAAGAAUCUACAUUGCAUCAAGCCCAUUAAAGCUGAGACAACCCUUAAUCGACUCAACUCCACCCGCUCGUUACGUCAUCGGAGAUCACAGGACCGCCGUCCAGCAUCCACAGAUGCAAUCACUUCUUAUUGACAAUCAACACCUUUUGACGCUUCACGAAAUUCUCACAGUGGAACUUUCUGCUUCCCAAAACGACCUCCGCCACCUUUCCGCCGCUGCCGAGAAAAUCAAGGCUGAGAGGGACGCAGAGGUGCGCGAGGCUUAUGAUAGGGCAGUGACAAUGGAAGCUGAGGUCAGAUCGAUUGACGAAUCAAAUGCUGAACUGGCUAAAGUCCUAGGCCAUCUGCAGAAAUUAAGAUCGGAGAAGAAAGAACUCGAUGAGAAGUUGUAUAAGCUCCGUGGCGACGUUGAGAAAGUAUCGCUCGAAUACCACCAAAUUUCGUUAAUAAAAGCAGAAAUUGAAAGCAUGCAGAAAGAAAUCCAAAGAGGAAGAGAAGUAAUUGAACAUGAGAAAAGGGUGCAUGUGAGUAACAUUAAACAACGUGAAGCAAUGGAGAAAUGCAGGAUGUUUCUGGCUCGUGAAAUUGAAAGGUUGCAGGUGGAGGUUAAUGAUGCAGUGAAGAGAGCAAGGGCGGCAGCUGCGGUGGAAGCCACUUCAAUUCUAGGCAAUGGAUAUGGGAAUUCUGAGAUGGGAUAA